AAAUCGCUUCCCUCAUUUUUUUAUUAAUUGGUAAACACUACCGCUUUAAGGACCUGGACAGAGGACACAGUUCGCAACAAUAACUAUCUAAAAGAGUUGUAUAAAAAUAUAUAAGUUAUAAAAAUAUCUUUAUUUUUUAUAGCAGUAUUUGUUUGUUUUAUGGGUACUUUUAUUUUAGCGUCGUUUUAAGCUGUAAAAUAUCAAGCACGUAAAUAGGAGUUUGUACGUCUUCAAAAUAGUUCCGUAUGGGAAUAUAAACCAAGAUAAGAGUUCUGUCUUUGUUAUUGAUGUGUUAUAAUAAAUAAUUAUAAAGGUGGUGUAAUGUUUUAUUAUUUUAUCUUUUUUAUUCUUAUUUAAGCUUUAUUAAUUUUAACGUCAGGAUCACAUAUAAGUUCUUGAUUUAGUCCAAGUGUUAUAAAGUAUAUUCAUUAUGGGUUUACCACAAAAUUCAGCAAAUUUAAACUUCUUGUUCCCUACUUAAAAAAAGAAAGAAAAAUCUACACAAACAGUGACCAAGAUGAUCCUACUAACAAAAAAUGUUCAGUUUGUUUGCACAACCACCAUUUUACUGGGUGCAUUUAUACAAACUUUUAUUGUACAAAGAAAUCAACACUUGAGAGAUAUAUAUAAAUGACUUAUGAAAGCAAGGGUAGCACAAAUAGAGCACAAAUGUGCUCUUAUAUCUUUGUUCACUAGAUGGCGAUAUGUGCAUUUACAUAUAGAGCAGAGAAACAAGGCAAUAUAGCCUAUAAAUAAAUUGAUGGACAGCUUUCUGGAUUAGCAUGCCAAUCACGCUUUUCCUUUCCAUCCAGAGGAUGUAUCUAUUAACACAAUUCAGGGGACAAAAAAGGAACAAGAUAACACAUCCUCUAAAUAGCACAGGACAAAUUGCCUUGUGCAUCGCCCUGCAUUUUCAGAUUACAUUGUUCGGUGUUACUGUAAGCUGCAAGCAACUUCCAAACAAACUUUGGCUUUCUUAAAAUGUAAUUAAAACAUAGCUGUCAAGCUGUCAUUCACACUUUUCUGUUGACAAGUAAUAUUUAACACAUAUUAAAUUCAUUUAAAUUCAUUCAAUGCAUCAAGACCAAUAUCACGCCAGUUUCUGACUAGCUAUAAGAAGACAUGUUGUGUCAGUUGUAGCCAUGCAUUAUCUUGCAAGUGGCAUGAGUGAAAUUUUAACAUCCUGCUUGAGAACUUCAAUUUGAUUUUAACAAGAAAAUAUACCUCACAUUUUUUCAAAAACAAACUAUCAAAACGUACACAGCAUAAUCUCAUAUUUAUACCAUGCAAAAGGAUAACAGAAAGAUUAACUUGGAAACUAUAAUGGUCUCUGUGGAUAUCUAAUGUGCAAAUGGGAAUCUAUAGCACAAUAAAUUCUGGAAUAAAACCCAAAACACACACAUAAAGAAAUUUUAAAUUUGGUUUUAUCUUAGUUAUGAAAGCCAUUAAAAUAUGCAUUGUCCUUUCAUCAGGAUAUUCAAAUAUCUGUCAUGCUGAAAAAAUGCAGAUCUUUAAACUGAUUGGCACAAUGAUUGGUAUUUUUUAAGAAAACCUUUACAAAAGCACGAAGCGCAUAUAUACAUAAUAUGAAAAGCACACACUUUUUUGAAGUUGGUGCAGCUGCAACCCUCAACUUCCAUCCCAAAAAUGAAAUAAGGCCCUAUACUGACUGUGUUACACAGUUGGCCAGCGCUCUCAUCCAUUAUUUAGUUAUAUACCUGACUGCUGUUGGGUUUCUACAGAGCACAAUAGUUUUAAAUAACAAACCCUUAUGUGAGAGAAAGGCUUGUCAUCCUAAUCAUAUCAUCUGCUUUGAUAUUCAGAAUGCUAAGAUUUUGGCAAAACCUGGUUAUUUACGCACAAGUUUAUAUGAAAUAACAUCACCAGCAAGGAAACUCAAGUCACAGAUUCAGCAAGAGCACGACUCCUUUAAGAAGGUGCUUAAAUAAACAAUGAACAUCUCAUAUUGACAGUAUGACAUCACCGCUGUUUUUCUCAGACAGUGCCAACAUGCGCGGCGGAUGCUGGGAUCCGAGGAUGAUUCGCCAAACGUUUUAAUAUCAAUGCGCUCAUUUGAAUAUCAAAAUUGUGCGAUGCUGCGUCGUUGAAGGCUUUGAUAUUACGCAGAUCAUUUUUAAACGAGUCUCUCUGGUUAAUGGGACCAUUUGGUAGCGCAUGCACAGGAUAGCGUAUCUGCAAACGCAAAAUGGGCUGGGGAUGCAUUUUUGGCACGGAGUGAACCUGUUUCCCAGCUUCAAUUGGGCUUGGAUCGGGUGAACAAGGAUUGGACUGGAUUCAUUCACAUAUUAUACGGAAGGGCUACGGAUGCGCGUCGCCUAUGCGUUUUCCGUCGUCGAGCCUUCAUCUAGUAGGGCUCUCAUAUCCAAACGAAUUCCCCCGCACCGACUGCCAUCCAUUCUCACCGUCCGCGCGCCCGGCGGGAUGCGGGUGCACGUCAAGGAGCUGUCCAAGCUGUUGUGGUGCUGAUGCGGCUCUGAGCGAACGCGAGCAUGGCUGCUGGGAAGUUGCUGCUCUACGCUGGUCUGUCUCUCUCCCUCUGCGCGCUCGGAAUGCUGGCCGUGGCCAUCUGCUCCGAUCACUGGUACGAGACGGACGCCCGGAGGUACCGAGAGAGGUGCCGGAGUUUCUCCAGUCGAAGAAAGGACCCGGGUUUUAUAUACAUCCCCAAUAACAGCCUCCCUCUGCGGGCGAGCCGCUCUCGCCUGGACCGCUGGGAGGAGAAGCUGCUGCUGGCGCGGAACAGACGGCAGCUCUUCGCCAUGAGCGCCGCCGACGAGUGCGGCAGGCAAUAUAACUCCACCAACAUGGGGCUGUGGAGCAAAUGCCAUCGCCUUGGAUUUGAUCAAGAAAUCGAGGACCUCAUUCGGAAAGGUUCAAUCACAAGAUGCUCCUACAUCAAGUACCACUACUCCUCAGCCACAAUACCCAAGAAUCUCUCUUACAACAUCACCAAGACCAUUCGCCAGGAUGAGUGGCACUCUUUGCACCUGCGGAGAAUGACGGCAGGAUUCAUGGGAAUGGCGGUGGCCAUCAUCCUGUUUGGCUGGAUCAUUGGAAUGCUGGGAUGCUGUUGGGACCGCGGCCUCAUGCAGUACGUGGCGGGACUGCUCUUCCUCAUGGGCGGUACAUUUUGCAUCAUUUCCUUGUGCACCUGUGUAGCAGGUAUUAACUUCGAGUUGUCCCGUUACCCGCGCUACAUCUACGGCCUCCCGGAUGACAUCAGUCACGGUUACGGCUGGUCCAUGUUCUGCGCUUGGGGCGGUUUAGGUCUAUCCCUCAUCGCUGGUUUCUUCUGUACACUGGCACCCUCCGUACAACCAAUUCCUCGUUCAACGUGCCCCAAGUCCCGUCAAGAAAACGGGACCGUGUGUUAGGGGACGGGCCACCAGAAACCCCUGGGCCAUACAUGGAGCUGGACAAUGGGGGCGAAAAAAGAAACAAAGACCAUGCCCGAAGAUUAAAAUCAUAUAAAAAUCAUUUCUAAUCUCACCAACCAGGCCACAAUGCCAUUUUUAACCAUGUGUCUGAAUCUACAAUUGAGUGUCCUGAUCGUUUAAAAGAAAAAAAAAAACGAAAAAAAAAAAAACAAUUGUUGGCGAGCCUUUUUGUUGUUCUGCACAUCAGAACUUUAUUUGAAGUUGGGACAUUGUGAGCACAAAUAUAAGGAUAACAUGAAACGGAGAGGAAAAACUUGCACAUUGUUCGACAACAGUAAAUGCUCAUGGACACAUGGAUAAAUGGAUGGAUGUUUACACGUAUAAAGAUGCCUAGAAACUGCCAAACCUCUAUGGUAUUUGUGACUGGACAGAACCACGUGUUGCUCGGUAAGCAGUGCCAAUGUUUCGAACCCAGGAGUUCAGACAUUUUAAAGCACCAGGACCAUUGUGCCCUUACACAUGACAGGACAACAACUCGGAUGGGAUUUCAAUCCGUCGUGGUAAAUUUAUGGAGUACGUCUCGGGCUGUGGAGACCUCGUACCAUGCCUCUUGGAAUCUGGCUGAAGUAUAUGUUUAUGCGUGAAUUUUAGGAAUGGGAAAUGCCUGCUCCUGAAUGACAUUAUAUUGCUACUGCUGUACAGCGAAUUGUAAAGAAAAAAGUAAUACCUAUAAUAUCCCAGAAAAGAUAAGUUCCUAUCCGGAAAGACAAUUUUUUCUUUUUUAAUUCAUUCCAUUUAUUUCUUAUUUAAAACUGGACAUUUUUAACAUCCUUAAUUGAUCAUGUGCUUUUUGUUUUGUAGUGUAUAGAGUUAUCAUUGUGAACAGCAAGUAGGGGGUAAAUUCUCUACCCGAUACAUGCGUGAGAGUGGUUUUGUGGUAUCCAUAGAAAAAAAGUACAAAAAUUUCUUCUAAUGCUAAAAUAAUACAACGCAUCAAAUCAAAAACCUGCCUUGGGGGAAGUCGGGUGGGCUUUUUGCUAAACUGAGAAUUACCAGAAAGGAAAGAUGGCAUAUCGUGUUUUAGCGCACUUGUAUGCUUACUCCCCGUAGACACAUCCGACGUAGCAUCCGUAGACUGAAAGUCAACCCAACAUCUCAAUGUUACCGCCUUAAGCCUGACUAGAAGAACGCAUUUAUUUUAUUUGAUGGGAAUGCAUGCUGACUUCCUUCAAAAAAAGCCUUUUCUGCGCUGACAGUAGGCGUCCUCAUUUGAAUCUAACUUCCUGUGUCUCUUAUGCAAAGCGAACUUCCAAAACAGGACGUGAUGUGUAAAUGCCUGCCGAUACGGAGAUAAAUGUGUUAUCGUGACUUCAAAUAGUGAUGGCGUUGAGUGAAGCACAAGCUUAAUACAAUCUCUAAGCCAACGUGAGUGGUUCCCUCAGACCAGAGCUCAAAUUGUGAUGCUCAGAUUUGAUCGUAUUCUCUUUCUUCUCGUGACACCAAUUCGCGAUAGCUUAAUAAACUUAAAGUCAUCACAUUUUACAAAAAACACUAAAGCAGCCAUAUAACAGUGUGCCACAAUGUGACGCACGCACUGUGUGUCGCUGGCAGGUCCGCACAUACAUUUAACCAUGCCAAUUGUUUUGCAAACAGAAAAUUGACAGUAAAUCUGCCGGAAGACUAUGUUUACAGGUUUCUACAAGUGGUGAUUUGCCAAAAAGAUCUUAUUUCUUAAAAAUACAUACAAAGUCACUAUACAUGAGAUAGAUGUCCAGUUAUGUCUCAUCAGUUGUCAUGGUUAUGGCAGUUCCCCUUAUAAAGGUCGUAAUAUAUACCAUUAGGUACAGAUAUGUAUACAUUUGGUACCAAUAUGUACCUUUGAGGUACUUAUAUGAACUCUUUAAAGUACAAAGAUGUACUUUUUGAAUAGGGUACAGCCCCAGUGACAGCUAGGGUCCACGUUGACAAUUUCGUCUGACUGUGUAUCCAUUUAAAAGUGUUUCCCAAUACAAAUGCAAACCAUUGCAUCAUAAACACAACAGUGAUGGAAUAAAGAUGCAACAAUACAGUUAAUUCUUGUUAUGCAUUCUCCAUUCCUACAGCUUUACUUAGUUUACUUACAGAAAUAAUGAUCCUGCAGUCUUUAAAGACUUUCGGAUAUUUAGGAAUGUUUUGUUUUCGCCGUGCCAGGAACAUUCUAGUCGCUGAAGAUACAAGUUGGUAAUGCUAUCGGCAAUGAAAUUACACAAACUCAACCGGCCACACUUCUGGAAAAACGUAACCAAAAGAUUUGCAAGCUAAAUAUGCUUUUGGAAAACACAACUCAAGAUCUCACAGUCAUUCAUACGUAUUUUAAGAGUGGGCAAAAUUUUAUUAUUUCGUAAGAAUACAAAGUAAGAAGCGAAUAGUACAAAAAUGUACGAUUGCUAUAAAAAAAAAAAAUAAUGAAACCACCCCCCUUAUGUCAGGGGGCAAAAGCAAAUCGUAAAUACGAAUUUGGUUGUAUGAAUCAGCCACCACUUAUACGUACAAAUUGUUGUGAGAGUGCGAAACCGCCCACAAUUUUAGUACAAAUUUGAGUAUCGAGUCCAGAAACAGAACACAUUUGCAUAAACAUACAGUAUAACAACCAUCUGUUUUCAAUCAAGUCCAUCUGGACUUAUAUAUGAGUCUUUCUAGACAUAUUUACAAGGAAAAUAUUCAUUAAAAAUUAUAGUCGCUGGUUGCUAAUAAAACCAAAACAUUUUCUCUGGUCCUACUUUCGAAGUCGACUUCCUUCACAUUUCCACAAAUUCGAAACCAGUACUUUCACAACGUGACAGUGAAGGGUGUAUCGUAACGGAGUAUAAAGAGAUAAAAAAAUACUUGAAGGGCAGAUGUUUGCAACAGAUGCUUAGAAUAAAUAAUUUCAAUUAUAGCUUAAUUGGCAACCAUCCUAGACAGUACAAGACACAACGCAGGUUUUAAACUGACUUUUAUAAGCUUCAUAUAAAUCAUAAUGUUUAUUGUGAAAUAUUUCAACAUAAACACCCUGGCAAUGACUAACAAUAGAAAACAGACACUCAGGCAUUUUUUAAAGAAUCCCCCUCCCAGGUAAGAAAAUAAGGCGUUGGCAUUUAUAUGGGCUCAGGAUUACAGCUGUCGGACUGACAAUAAAAAACAACCACACUCGUAGAUCUGAUUCAUACAAAUGUGUUUACAUUCAUUAGCCAACACUUUGUUGAUUUUGUUUGGUGGAGUGUGUUUUAACACGAGUGGGGAUAUGUUUUGUUUCAAAUGUAAAAAUAUAAACUAAAAAAGUAGCAGGAUCGGUAAAACUGCGACUUUCAUUUUUAUGGGACACUAACGCCGAAAGGCUUAUUGGGUCUUCUCCAUCAAUAGCGUGUCUGUUGAGUACCUAAAGAAGAAAAAAAUGUAAAAAACACUAAAGAAAAUCCUGGAAAAUGUUAAAACUGUGGAAUGUAAUAUCAUUACAAAAU